CUGCCUGCAGAAGACUGGUGUCAUGGUUCUGCCACAGUGGCUGCACCCUCCCCUUCUCUGUGUCUAACGGGGACGCGCUUAGGCGCUGCAGACUCGUGACGCGCAUCGUCUGAUUGCAUGGAUGGAAGCAGCGAGAGGCACGCGGAUGAAAGGUCGGUGUCAGCUUACAUCCCUUAACCAGCAGUGUCGGACACACAGAGCCUCCAGCCUGCAGCAAGAGCGCUGUCCAAAGACUUUCUCCUCAUGGAAUAUAUUUAAUCAGUGCCGCUCAGACAAUGCUACAUCUACUGCAAACAAGUAGAUAGCCCCUCAACUUUUGCCAAGAACAGUCCAACAAGGGCAGCUGAUAGCAGCGCAACGAUCAGGUGGACUGCAAUCUAGAUGCCAGAGGACCAAGAUUCAAGACGGCACUGAAGAAAAUACUCCUUUUCAAAUUAUUGUUUUUCCUCAUUAUCCCUUAAAUUGAGCAUCUUUGUUCUUCAAGUGCAAUCAUGGGGGCCACCGGCUACGGUUACUAUCGUGCGACCAUCUUCCCCUGCAUGUUCAUCGGCUAUGCGCUGUUCUUCUUCAACAGGAAGACCUUCUCCUUUGUCAUGCCCUCUGUGAUGGAGGAGAUACAACUGGACAAAGAUGACCUAGGUCUGAUCACCAGCAGCCAGACCAUGGCCUACGCCAUCAGUAAGUUCAUCAGCGGCGUGCUGUCGGACCAGAUCAGCGCCCGCUGGCUCUUCUCCAUCGGCCUCUUCUUGGUGGGAGGCAUCAAUGUGGCCUUCUCCUGGUCCUCCACGGUCCCCAUGUUCUCUCUGCUCUGGUUCAUCAACGGCCUGGGCCAGGGUUGUGGCUGGCCCCCAUGUGGGAAAGUGCUGCGCAAGUGGUUCGAGCCCUCCCAGUUUGGAACAUGGUGGUCUGUGAUGUCCUGCAGUAUGAACCUGGCAGGAAGUCUGGGUCCCAUCCUGGUCACAGUGCUGCUGCAGUACUACGACUGGAGGACCAUCCUCACCAUGUCAGGCAUCGUGUGUGCCAGCUUCUCCUUCGUGUGCGUGCUGUUCGUAAAGAACGAGCCGAAGGAUGUGGGCCUGCCCAGCAUCCAGGCUGCAGCCAAGAAAGGAGCAAAGGCUGGAGGAAACAGUGAGAGCACCCUGAAGGAGUUCCUCCUCUCCCCCUUCCUGUGGGUGCUGUCUCUGGGCUACCUGGUGGUGUUCGGCGUGAAGACGGCUGCCACUGACUGGGGACUGCUGUUCCUCAUUCAGGAUAAGGGCCAGACGGUCCUCAUGGGCAGCACCUACAUGAGUGCCCUGGAGGUGGGGGGCUUUGUGGGCAGCCUGGCAGCGGGCUUACUCUCUGACAGAGCUGUGUCUCGGCAAGGUUUGGGCACCCACGGAAACCCCCGCCACGGCCUGCUCCUCUUCAUGAUGAGCGGGAUGUGUGUGUCCAUGUACCUGUUCAGAGUCACCAUCACACCUGAAAUCCCCCAGGAGGCGCCUCUUUGGGUCCAAGUCAUUCAUCCUGUCUCUGUCCUCAUUGGUGUAUCAGAAAAAGAGAUCUGGAUCCUGUUCCUCGGUGCUAUGUUUGGAUUUUCUUCCUACGGACCAAUCGCCUUGUUUGGGGUGAUAGCCAGUGAAUGUGCUCCUCCGAAUUUCUGUGGAACCUCUCACGCUGUUGUGGCUCUGAUGGCUAAUGUGGGGGCGUUCAUGGCGGGGCUUCCCUUCAGCACUAUUGCCAAACAUCACAGCUGGGACAUGGCCUUCUGGGUAGCCGAGGUGAUAAUGGCCUCUGCCACCAUUGGCUUCUUCCUCGUACGCAACAUGCGUACCAAAAUGGGACGCAUCGCAGAGAAAAUGGACUAACGUGUCUUCCUGAAAUGAGAUGAAGGUUGAUGACAUGUUAUGUGACAAACGGCCUAUCACUAAAGACAGCUCCUUUUACAGAAUACUGCACAUUAAUACGUCAAUUUGAACAAAAAUACUGAUCGCCAUAUUUGUUCUGAUGAAUUGGGUUUAUGUAGAUGCUCCGGUGGGGUGUAAGUCAUUAAACUACUUUAGAUAGAAUUACAUUACUUAAACUCAAUGCCAGGCAGAAAUAUGUAGUUUUCUACAGCCUUGCAACAUACAUUUUGGUGGGUUUUUUGCCAACUAAACUAAACUUAUUCUCUGUACUUCACAAAAAGUCUGCCUUAUGACUCCUAAUGAACUUUAAAGGGUUUAAGUGUUUGUAUUUUGCAUGCACACUUAAUAUGAAAGGUUUAACUUCCAUUAUAAAAAUAAAAAGUCAAUGUUUUUGAUCACCAUAAUGAUCAAAAAAUGAAAGAGCCAAGAGGAUCCCUGUCGCAUAUGUACAGAUGUUCUUGUCCUGUUCAACCACACAAAGAAAGUAGAUGUCUUCCAUUUCGUCAGAGGCAGUACUCGCAUAGAGACCUUUCAGUUUAAUGGCAGCUGUACACUCAAAAGAACCUGGACAUAGUGUAGUGUUGAGGCCUGUUGACAUCAGGUGGAUGCAUGCUGCUCAUUGCGUACUUGCCUUCAGUGGAGGUCACUUCUCUUGAACUUAUUGAAUGUUUUCUGAUGGGCCUGUAUGUUCUAAACUAUUGUCUGUCUUUGUAUUACUAAGUUUACUGAUGAAAACGAAUCAUCAUUUCACUGAAAUGAAGUCAUUGGAGAACAUGUUAUUUGUUUACGCAGUGUAAUGCUAGUUGAUGCAGAAUAACACUCGCCAGCUUUUGUGAUGCUUUCAAGGAUCACUCGAGGAGUUGUCUCACUGCCACUGUAGCUCUGUACAGAUAUAAUAUAAUAUUAACUUCCUCAUCCAAAAAAUCUGAGUUUUGUCAACUCAACAAUUACUGUGAUUUUACAAUAAAUAUGUUGUACAGUAAAUGUCUAAUUUGUUCGGUUUUUCUUCUGUAAACUUGCAAAAUACAUGAAUAAACCUUCAAUAAGCUGC